AUGACGGAAGGCGAAACUGCUAACACUUGCAAAGUCGUUGCGAUACCCUGGCCUUCCGUAAAGAGAAAAGUAGAAUGUGCUGGUGCCGCGUAUUUAAGAUACCAUAACAUUAAAUGUCAUGGGGAAGAUACACUUCUGCAGACGUCAACAUCGAAAGAUAAAACUGAAGAAAUUAUUUUUGAAGACAAUGUUGAAUAUUUGCGCAGUUUGGAUCCUAAGGAAUGGAAAAAACAAGACCAUUAUGCAGUUCUCGGUAUGAAAGAUUUACGUUUCGAAGCUACAGAUGAUGAUAUUAAGAGAGCAUACCGUCAAAAAGUAUUGAAACACCACCCAGAUAAACGCAAAGCCCUAGGUGAGGAAGUGCGAAGCGAUGACGACUACUUUACUUGCAUCACAAAGGCGUAUGAAAUACUUGGUACUCCAAAAAUUAGAAGAUCAUUUGAUUCUGUCGACCCUACAUUUGAUGACUACGUUCCGACCUCCAGCGAUAUAAAGAGAGAAGGUUUCUACAAAACAUUCUCAAAAUACUUUGAAAUUAAUGCCAGGUGGUCAGAAAAGAGGAAUGUUCCAUUGUUGGGUGAUGAAAAUAGUUCACGUGACUUUGUUGAAAAGUUCUAUGCUUUCUGGUAUGAGUUUGACUCUUGGCGGGAGUUUUCUUAUCUGGAUGAGGAAGAAAAGGAAAAAGGAAGUGACAGAGAAGAACGACGAUGGAUUGAAAAGCAGAACAAGGCAGCUCGUGCAAAGCUAAAGAAAGAGGAAAUGGCUAGAAUUAGAAAUCUAGUAGAUCUUGCAUAUGCUAAUGAUCCUAGAAUACAAAAGUUUAAGCAAGAAGAUAAAGACAAGAAGCUUGCUGCUAAAAGGGCAAGACAGGAUGCUGUUCAAGCAAAGAAAGCAGAGGAAGAAAGGAUACGAAAAGAAGAAGAACUUGCUAAACAAAAAGCAGAAGAGGCAGAAAGAGCAAAAAUUGAAGCAGCAAGAGCUGAGAGAGAACUUCAGAAAAAAAAUCUUAGAAAAGAAAAAAAGUCUUUAAGAGAUUUAUGCAAAAAUCACAGAUACUUUGCAGAAAAUGAUGAAGAAACAGUUACUCAUAUGGCAGCUGUAGAAAAAAUUUGUGAAAUAAUGAAGUUAAAUGAACUUCAAGACUUCAUCAAAGCUUUGGAAACAAAUGGUAGAAAUGUUUUUCUUGCAACAAUGAAAGAUACUGAAGACAAAUUAGAAGCUGAACGUCAUGCUCUGUUUGAAAACAAAAAAAUUGAAGAGCAAAAGUCCAAGAAGAACGCUGCUUUGAAAGCGCCCAUGGAGUGGUCUGUGGAAAUGACCCAACUGUUAAUAAAAGCUGUAAACUUAUUUCCAGCGGGAACCAACCAAAGGUGGGAUGUGGUAGCUAAUUUUUUAAAUCAACAUGGCACUUUUAAGGAUGACAGAAGAUUCAAUGCUAAGGAAGUUCUCAAUAAAGCUAAAGAUCUGCAAAGUUCAGAUUUCUCCAAGAGCAGUCUUAAAAAAGCAGCAAAUGAGGAGGCGUUUGAUCAAUUUGAAAAAGACAAGAAAAAAGUGAUAAAUGCUGUUGACAGUGACAGCAUAUCAAAGAAUGAAGUACCAAAUGUUAAUGGAAACGCAACUAAAGUCAAUGGAGAUAUUAAGCCACCAAAGGAAGAGAAACUGUGGACUAAAACUGAACAAGAACUAUUGGAACAAGCCAUAAAGACAUUUCCGGCUAGUACACUUGAUAGAUGGGAUAAAAUAGCGGACUGUAUCCCUAACAGAAGUAAAAAGGACUGUAUGAAGCGAUACAAGGAAUUAGUUGAACUAGUAAAAGCGAAGAAAAAAGCAGCAAAUUUAGUAAAAUAG